CUACGGAAAGUUGUCUGACAGAGUACUUGAAUUCAGUGAAGCAAGCUACUUGUGGCAGUCCCCAAGAAAUAUGGCAAACUUCGAGCAGUGAUAAUUAUUCCAAUACAACAAGGACUCGGUUUACAAUUCGACAAACUUAAGGAUUUAAUUGGAAUAGGGUUUAAUUUGUAGGAAUUAAAAUGUCAAUUAUACCCAUUGAAGGAAAUAAGAGAAGCAACGAAAACUAUGUAAGCAGCUAAAAAGGACGCCUUUGUUCCUCGGCUCCGCUCUCCAGCGUUGCCGUUCGCCGCCGAAGCAUUGCCAGCUCUUCCGCACCCUCCCUCAAGGUUGAACCCCUCUUCUCCAUUUCUCUUUUUCCUCCAUCGAUUUUGUCUUCCGGCCGUCGUCUCCCAAUUCCCCAAAGGUUGGCUAGUUCAAUUUUUUUUGUCCCCACUUAGAUGGCAGUUGAUUGUCUCUCUAUUUGAUCCAUUCUAAAGGUGGAUAAUUGAAGUGAUUGGGACGCUAUAUGAAAACGAUAAGUACCAGUUGCAACUCGAUUUCCCGGAGCAAUAUCCCCAAGAAGCUCCCCAAGUCAUAUAUCUGCAUCCUGUGCUUCGGUCAUCCGCACGUCUAUAGCAACGGGCACACAGAUGUUUAGUGAAGCAUAUGGAACUCAAAUCAGAUGGUUUUGUUGGAGUGGUUCUUUCUAUGGAAGGAGGUGGAGCUCAACAGAACAAGCAGCAGUUAGAACAGCAAUCUGAUAAAGGUGGAUGCUCUCUCCUCCAGCAUCGAUAUCUCGACGAGUUUGACGGGAUCUACGACCGGCCGCUGGCGUGCUUCGGCUGCGGCAUAGGAUGGGCCUGUUUCAUCUUGGGCUUUGGCUUCCCUCUGCUCUGGUACAUUGCUACUGCUCUUUACUUUGGGAAGUACCACCUCAAGGAUCCAAGGGAAAGAGCAGGGCUUGCAGCAUCUGCAAUUGCAGCUUUGAUUUGUUCUGUUGCAGCAUUGAUCACAUUGGUGGCUGUACAUCUGUAG